AAAAGAAAAAAGUUGUACUUGUCCUCCACAAUGUUCUUCCCUCGAGCUCGGUUGCAAAUUCGCAAUAUUCAGGAGCAGGUGGAAGAAGAAGAUUCCAUUUUGGGAGCUGAGAGCACCUGUGGGUUUCUCUUGCGGAGCUGUUUGCUGCUCUAUGCAGAAGAACAAAGAAUGAUUCGAGCUCUCACUCGAAGUUUGAUGGAAGCAGCAUCGCAAUAGCAGGGGACUGUUCAUCGAAGCAUUCCGCUUCUUCCUCCGCUUCAUCGGCUCACCCGGUUGCAGGAACAAGAUAAUAUCAGAUCAUCUGAUUGCUGCUUCACUGCAGUCAAGGGGCGGAAAUUGGAGUAGAAUUUGGCUCUUACUUGUCUCAAUUUCUCUCUCUGAUUCAGUUCACUCCGACUGUUUCGGCUGCUUCAGUACAGAGUUUGCCUGUGUCUAUGUUUCAAGAAUGAAUCUUUGAGCAAGAUGUUAUCUGGGCAUCAUUGAUUAGAUCGCUAUCGCUCUCCUAAGGAUUACGGGUUAGAAUGAGCUUGCGGCCUGGAUCGGUCUAUGUUCAUGGAGACUGAUCUCGACAGUCCUUCGCGUCAGUAAGAGAGGUUGAACUCUGAUUCAAAUACAAAUCUUGAUGAUCUGGAAGGAGCAGAUAGCAUGCAUACCGGGCAUUAUGUUGAUGUAAAUCCCCUUGGCGGGGAAGAGAAGCUCGAGGAGGAAGACGAAGAUGUUGGUGUUAGUUCAAACGUAGAUGUGGAUAAUCUUGAAAUUACGGACAGCGUACAUAUGGCUGAAGAAGAUGGAAACUCCUGUCCGGUGGGAGAACAUGGUCCAGAAGCUCCUGUGCAACAACCAGGAGAGUUCACGAUGGCGUCCGAGAAUCGGGUGGAAGCUGAUAUUCUUGGGGUAAAUUUUCAUCACGAUGGACCAGUGUGCGAACCACGGAGCGGUUUGGAGUUUGAGACCAAGGAAGCUGCAUACUCUUUUUACAGGCAGUAUGCUCGGUCUGUAGGAUUCGGCAUCACCAUAAAAGCAAGCCGUCGCUCGAAGAAAUCUGGUAAAUUCAUCGAUGUGAAAAUUGCUUGUUCUAGGUUUGGAAUCAAGCGUGAGUGUGAUACUGCACUCAAUCCACGGUCUUGUCCCAAGACUGAUUGCAAGGCAGGCAUGCACAUGAAGAGGAGAGAGGAUGGGAUUUGGGUAAUUCAUAGCUUUGUGAAAGAGCAUAACCAUGAAAUCUGCCCGGAUGACUUUUAUCAGUCUAUCAGGGGAGCAAACAAGCUUGGUGCUAUGGCCCGUCCAAAGAAGGGUCUGCAGUUAGCUCUGAGCGAGGAAGAUGUACAAGUGAUGCUUGAGAAUUUUGUAUGCAUGCAGGAUGAGAAUCCAAACUUCUUCUAUGCAAUAGAUUUAGACCAUGGGAAACGCUUGAGGAACGUUUUAUGGGUCGACCCCAAAGGUAGUCAUGAUUAUAGCAGUUUCUGUGAUGUGGUCUUCUUCGACACGUUUUAUGUUAGUAACAGAUAUCACCUUCCUUUUGUUCCCAUUGUCGGAGUAAACAAUCAUUUCCAGUACAUACUGCUAGGAUGUGCAUUGAUUGGGAAUCAGACUGCCUCAACUUACAGUUGGGUCAUGCAAACAUGGCUUAGAGCAGUGGGUGGCACGUCUCCCCGAGUAAUCCUUACAGACCAAGACAAAUCUCUGGAAGAAGCUGUUGCAGAAGUCUUCCCAGAAUCCCGCCAUUGUUUUUGCUUGUGGCAUGUUUUGAGGAUGAUUCCUGGAAAUCUGGGGGUCGUUGAUAAACAUGAAAAUUUUAGAAAAGAAUUUGACAAAUGCGUUCAUCAAUCUUUUACAGUAGCACAGUUUGAAAACCAAUGGGAGAAAUUAGUUUCAAGAUUUGAGUUGGGUGAGGAUGAUUGGGUUCGCUCAUUGUAUGAAGAUCGUACAAAGUGGGUCCCAGCUUAUAUGCAGGGCAUCUUUUUAGCUGGAAUUUCUACAGCUGCGCGGUCCAAAGGCAUACUUACAUCCUUUGAUAAAUACAUAUGUAGAGAAACCAAAAUCAAGGAGUUCAUGGAGAAGUGCAGAACAUAUUUGCAAGAAAGGUAUGAAAUGGAGGCUGAAGCCAAUGCAGAAGCAAGGGGGAAGCAACCUCCAUUGAAGUCUGUAUCACCCUUUGAGAAGCAAAUGUCUAAAACAUAUACAAGCACAAUAUUUAAGCAGUUCCAAGAUGAAGUUUUGGGAGUUGAGUCUUGUCAUCUGCAAAGAGAUGGUGAAAAUGAGGCAAACGGAAGAUUUCAAGUUCGAGAGUCUGGGGAAGACCGAAGUUUCAUUUUACAUUGGAAUGAGAAGCACUUGGAUAUUUGUUGUUCGUGUCGAUCAUUUGAGUAUAGAGGUUUUCUUUGUCGGCACGCAAUGAUUGUUCUUCAUACAUUAGGUAUUUCAAGCAUUCCGCCCCAAUAUAUUCUGAAGCGUUGGACAAAGGAUGCUAAGAGCAGGCAAACCUUUCAUGAUAAAUCUAGUGGUCAUUCCAGCAGAUUGCAAAGAUUUAACGAUCUGUGUAGACGAGCCAUCAAGUUGGGUCAGGAAGCUUCUUUCUCCCAAGAAGCUUAUGAUGUGGCAUAUCAGUCCUUGCAGGAAGCAUUGAGGCACUGUGUGGGGGUGAACGAUUCUGUUAGGACUGUUUCUGAGCCCAGCUCUACGGCUAUUCCAGGUUCUUUUUAUACUGAAGAGAAUCAAGGAAGUAUGCCGGGCCAGUCUAAGAAGAAGAGAAAAUAUAAAAAGAGAAAGCUGCAUGGUGAGGUAGAACAAGAGCCAGGAAGCUGGCAGCAGGAACCAUCAAGCAUGAAUUCGAGAGUAGAAGAAAUCAGUAGCUGUGAUGCUUCUUCUGUAAAGGAUGUCCCAGUGACUACUUCGAAUGCUAUUUCAGAGAGGAUUAAUGAAGGUUCUAGUCUACAGCCGCAAGGUGGUCCCCUUGGAGAUCCGCCAGAUGCAGAAGAUGCGGAACCUCUGAACACACUUCCUCCAAUUCGGGGCCCCUACUACAUUAACUUCUCGGCAGGCGUGGUACAUGUAAAUCCAAUGUUGACUCAGGUUGGUCACUUCGACAUUCCGACAGCUUUCAAGAAAUUGUACAGCCUGUCAGAUCUUUGGAGCUCGACCGAAUGUCCUCCAAGAAAGCGAAACAAAACCCCCCGAGAUAAGAGGUCUGCUUAUGCUAUGCUGACACGGGAAAACAUUCGGGAAGAGGAGGUGAAGUGGAAGCUUAUCUGGAAAUGGAGAGGUCCGCAACGAAUAAGGAGCUUUUUGUGGCUUGUGGGCCAUGAGCGGCUCCUCAUGAAUGUUCAUCAACGGUCAAGGGGGAUUACAUCAAAUGAUCUGUGUGCAGCAUGUAACUCUGCUGCAGAGUCAAACUUUGUAUGUUUUGACGGAUUGUAUGGUGGCGCAGCAGUUAUGGAGAAGUUUGGUACCUGUGUCUGAGCAGAAUAGGUUCUUCGCGGCCAAUAUGGAGCAGUGGCUAGUUAACAACUUGUCUGUUUGGCGGACAGGUCCGGUUGAAUUGCCAUGGGCUCUGGUUUUUGGGGUGGGAUGUUGGCUUAUUUGGUCAUGGCGCAAUGAGUCGUCAUUGGAUCCCGAGUUCUCUCGACCUCUUGAGGGAGCGGGGGUUAUUUUUUGUGUGACCAGAAGCUUUCAUCAAGGUAUGUCAGGUUUAGAUGGCAUUCGGAUGAAAAAGCUGAGAACUUGGAAAGAUAUUCGAUGGCAGCCACCAGAGCACGGGUGGAUAAAGUUGAAUAUGGAUGGAACCUCGAGAGGGGAUCCGGGGUUUGGCGGGAGCCAGGGGAAUUGGGCCAUGCUGCUUCAAUAUCUGCUGAACUAUGGGCAAUAUUUACUGGUCUUGACAUGGCUUGGGUGCAGGGGUAUCGUCGAGUUAUUCUUGAGGUGAAUUUUUAAGUUGUUCUGCAGUUUCUUACCUCAAGGCAGAUGGUAGGCUGGAACGGUAGGCGGAUCAGGGAUAUUCGGAUGCUACUUGCAUGAUUUUGGAACAUCACCACUGCACGCACUUAUUGGGUGGGCAACUCAUGUGCGGAUUGGUUAUCGAACUUUGCUUUCUCCUGUCCUUUAGGUGCUCAUUACUUGUCUAGUUGUCUGUCUGGGCCGGGUUUAUUACUGUGUGCUGAUUGGGUUUGUACCGUUUAAUUUUAUUCAUAUUUAGGGCUUUGGCCCGUAAUUCACCCCAAAAAAAAAAA